AGCCGCUCCUCAGGGGCAUCUUCGAGAUCGACAAGAGGAGCUGCGACGUGGUGCUGAACGCCCGGCGGCUCCGCUGGAGCCCCAUCCUGCCCGAGAGCCCCACAGAUGAUUCCAGUAUGGUUUUACAGGCUCAAGAGGAGAUUAUUGAAAUGAAAGAUGUAUUUUCGGUAAAACUGAAACGACGUCGUUUUGCAGGCCAGACAAAAGGUGGCACUUUGUUGGGUAUCACAGUUUUUAAAUGCUUGAAUAAAGAAGAGAAUAAACUAACAGACUGUGCUAUCCAUUUAAAUAACUUAAGUGAAGAUCAUUGUCAGUCGUGGUUUAGACAUCUGAAGGAAAUUUUGAACGGCUUUCAAAACAGACCAAAAUCCUUAAAAGUGUUUGUUAAUCCAAGCAGCCACAAAAAAGAAGCCACUCAUGUUUAUUAUGAACAAGUUGCACCUCUUUUUAAGCUUGCUGACAUAAAAACUGAUGUCACUGGUACUACUAAUAUUUUGGCCCAUACGCUCUAUGGUAUUAAGCAUGUGGUAACUGCAGCAUUGCACAUCAUAAUGGGACAUAUUCAGGCAGUAGAUGUCUGUACCUUCAGUACUCCAAGCAAGCUGUUAAGGUUUGGGUUCUCAGCUAUGUUUGGUUUUGGUGCGAGAACUCUGGCUUUGGCUGAAAAACACCGUUGGAUGCCCUCCAGUCAGCGGAAGGAUUUUGCUUUUAUCAAAACACUGGCAGAUCUCAGGCCAGAGGAAUGUGAAUUAUCAUUUCUACCUCUACAAAUUCCACAGGAAGACUCUCAUGAGAAUGGCAGAAAGAAGAAAGAGAAAAUAAAAGAAGGUAGCAAGGAUCAAUGGCAGAAAAUUCAGGGUCACUUCCUGAAUGUGAGCAUUAUGGCAAUCCCUUGUCUGUGUUCAAUGGCACCAAGAGGCUUGGCACCUAAUACGAGGUUGAAUAAUGGAAGCAUGGCUCUUAUUGUUGUACAAAAUACUUCUCGAACAGAGUUUAUAAAGCAUCUGAAAAGAUACACCAGCGUAAAAAAUCAGUUCAAUUUUCCCUUUGUUGAGACCUACACAGUUCAAGAAGUAAAAGUACAACCAAGGCUUAAAAGUGGACAGGAUGCCAAAGAAAAUACAGAUCUGAAUGCUGCUUCUGCAGAAGGAAAUUACCCCUGGAAUAUAGAUGGAGAUUUAAUGAAAGAAGCAUCAGAAGUUCAUGUUCGGGUCCAUCCUCAACUUAUUGAUCUCUACGGAGUGAACACUGAUGACCUGGAGAGUUCCCAAGCAACGUGCAACUGCAUAUAGAAGGGAUGCACUGCAAGUUCUGUAAGAAUCCUUUUCUCACCUCUAUGCAAAGUUUUCCAAGGUGCUGGACUUGCACUCACUGAUGUCAGUUGUUGUAGCAGAAGCUUAACUGGGUUGUUUGUAGUAUUUCUGGUUUUAAAUUCCUAUCAAGUUAUAUAUUUUUACCAGGUUGUAUUUCACUGUGUAGAAGCUGUUAGGCUUAACAAGAAAAAAAAUGAAAAUUGAUUAUAUUGGUCUCUUACAAAUUUGAGGUUCAAGAAGUGUCCACCAGAGUAGGAGAAAAUAUCUUUUUUUCUUUAAAGUUAUUCUAGAUUUUUUUAGUAUGAGAUACUUUUAAGUCUGCUGCUGCUAUCCAUGUUGUCAGAUGACUCAGUUCAACUAGAGCUGGCAAAUGUAGGUAUGGUACCCCCUCAUGCUGAAGAAUGGUGGCAAAAUAUAGAUUUAUGUAUUUAUUUUUUUAAUCCAGUACUUCUAUUUCUAGUUAUGAUUUUUAAUGUUGCCUUAAUAUAUUUGCUUUCAAAAUGUUUCUAGGCAAAUAAUAUAAAAGACUAUGCUGAUAUCCUUUACAACUUUUCUUUGUUCAAGUGUAUUUUAAAAACUACUCUUUGUACAAAAUAAAUAUUUUCUCUACCCUAGAACUGAGAUGUUAUUCAGCAUAGUUUUCUGUGUUGCUGAAAAUAAAAUUAUGAUAAAUAACUUAUGACUUGACUUAAAUGCUUCUAAUUUCCUUAUAGGGUCUAAACAAAAAUUUUAUGAGUGUUUUUUUGGUAACUUAUUUAAUACUUAAUACAAUUAUUUGAGAUGACAGCAAAUUAAGACUAUAUUCUUUCUGGGAACUGGCUUUUUCUGAGAUGAUGAAAAGUAGCAGACCAACAUGUUUUUCCAUCUGCAGGACCAUGGGGAUAACAAAUGUUUUCCUGGUCAGUCAUCUAUGAAUCGUUCAGAAGGCAGCUGACAAAUAAUGGUAUGAAAGCUGCACAGUCAUGGCUAGAAGGAGUUGGUUUAAGUUCUUUCCUCAGUAAGCAGUCGAGUGUAAUGUGAAAUCCAGUCCUUUAAAGUUGUUGCUAAAUCACGGGCUUAAGCUUUUACAAGAGAUCUAUAGCUACCAUAUGACUUUAAAUACUACUUGUGAAAAAGUCUUACUUGUGCUAAAUACACAAGACAAAGAAGUACUACACUUAAAGUACUGCAGAUGAUGAAUUAGCUCUUAAGAACAAGCUGUUACCUGUUGUCUAAGUCACAGUGAACAGUCUCCAGUUAAAACUGAUCCUGUAUCCCAUCAAAUAUUUUUAACAUGCUGACAAUUCAAGCUAAUCUUCCUGAAGUUGUCUAAAAAGGCAAUUCUAGCAACAGUUAGUAGAUUUAACUGUAAUUAAAUAAGUGAAAAUUAACAAAAUAAUUUAACUGGCAGAAGAAACAGCAUUCGUGCAUUUAACUUUUUUGGGUUCUUUUUAAUAAAAUGAAAUCAAGUGAUACUUUAUAAUCUUCCCACCAUCAGGACAUUGUACAUUCAUUUUUUAUCAACUUCGUUUAUAAAAGCUUCAAAAUUUUGCUUUAUAUCCUAAGAACAGGCAGCCAACGUUUACAUGUUAACAAUCAAAUCUGAAUAGGAAGUGUACAGUUUCCAAGGCAACAUUAUCUCACGUACUGACUUAAGUAAACUGUUUCAAAGAGAAAUAAAAAGCUUUGGUUUCACUUCUUUGCAUUGUUUGUAUGCAAAAGAACAUUAAUGCUUCUUCCAGUAUUUGAGGUAUAUUUUUCACAGUAAUGUCAAACUAAUUUCUAUUCAAAGGUUUUUUGGUUAAAGUGCAAAAAUUCACUAAAGCCAUAUGGAAGAUAAGCAUUUUGUAUACAUUUUCAGACUUGCAAGAAUAUAUUUCAUUCUUGACAUACUUUAUUUUGACUUUUAAAAAAAAUAUAUGCACAUUCAUUUGUCCUUGCACUGUAGAAGGUUUUAGAGGAAAACAUACUUUGGAGUGAUCCACACCUUUGGCAUCAAAUGCAGUGAAAGGAAAUCAGAAAAUGGUCCCCACUACCUUUAGAAUCUGUGGACAACGUGGCUUUUAUGGCACCAAGCACUCUAUUAGCAGUAGCGCUUGCUGAAGGCACUCUUUGUAGCUUUUGAUUGUCAGGCUAAUUCCUUUAUGAUGGUGCAGCUUCAAAGUGUAUGUACAGAUGACAGACAGUUCUCCUUACAGUUCAGAAAGACAUCAAAGGC